AGGUGGCGCUAAUUGAAAAUGACCAUUGACAGUUCAUAUCGCCUAGCGGGUGGUCGUGUUGCUAAAACAAGACAGCACCCGGUGAAGAACGCUAGAAGCUAACACACGUCUUUUUUCACUCGUUAUAAUGUUAUGAAUUGAUACCUGCUUUGCAAUCAAUUUACCGGAGUAUAGACGCAUGAAACCAAGCUAGAGCUACCUGGCCAAGAAACAAGCUGCUCUCAAUAGAGGUGUCAUAAUACCCAUAAAACCUAGCCAUCAAAAGUGACCUUGUCCUAGAGAGAUUUACACGGUUAACAAAACGUCACGCCAGGCACGGUUAGGUGUAUGAAGGGAGGACGUGGAGAGUGGUCCUGAAGAUGAGGCGUCUGUACAGGAAGAAAGCCCUGAGUCUGGUUAAGGAGCUGGAUGCCUUCCCCAAGGUCCCAGAGAGCUAUGUCGAGACCACAGCCACAGGGGGGACAGUGUCCUUGAUAGCAUUCACUGCCAUGGCACUGCUGGCCUUCUUUGAGUUCUUUGUGUAUCGGGACACCUGGAUGAAGUAUGAAUACGAAGUGGAUAAAGAUUUUUCAAGUAAAUUGAGAAUAAACAUAGAUAUUACAGUUGCCAUGAAAUGCCAACAUGUGGGUGCAGACAUUCUGGACCUGGCAGAGACUAUGAUAACAUCAAAUGGCAUUCGGUAUGAGCCUGUGAUUUUUGAGCUGACCCCGCAGCAAAAACUGUGGCACAGGACCCUGUUGCUGAUACAGAACAGGCUGAGGGAGGAGCAUUCUCUACAGGAGGUCUUGUACAAGAGUGUUCUAAAGGGAGCCCCUACGGCCUUGCCCCCUAGAGAGGGCACCGCCUCAGAGCCCUUAAGUGCCUGUAGGAUACAUGGGCACGUCUACGUCAACAAAGUGGCUGGGAACUUCCACAUCACAGUGGGAAAGCCUAUUCAUCAUCCUCGUGGCCAUGCUCAUAUAGCAGCUUUUGUAAGCCAUGACACGUACAACUUCUCCCAUCGGAUAGACCAUUUGUCUUUCGGAGAAGAGAUCCCCGGCAUCAUCAACCCUCUGGACGGGACAGAGAAAAUCACCAGCAACCAUAAUGAGAUGUUCCAGUAUUUCAUUACGGUGGUUCCUACCAAACUGCACACGUCCAAGGUGUCGGCAGACACACACCAGUUCUCUGUGACGGAGAGGGAGCGGGUGAUCAACCAUGCCGCGGGCAGCCACGGUGUGUCUGGGAUCUUUAUGAAGUACGACACCAGCUCUCUGAUGGUGACGGUCAGUGAGCAGCACAUGCCCCUCUGGCAGUUCCUGGUACGACUGUGUGGCAUCAUCGGGGGUAUCUUCUCCACCACAGGCAUGAUCCAUGGAUUUGUUGGCUUCUGUUUCGACAUAGUCUGCUGUAGUUUCAAACUAGGCCCAUAUAAACCUAGAGAGGUGAACAAUUGUGCUGCUCCGCUCCUGACGGACAACCACGUACAGGAGUAGCCCUGUGACCUGCGCCCAUAUCCACAAAGCUCUGUGAGUAGGAGUGCUGAGCUUGGAUCAGUUUUGCCCUUUUAAGAUAAGAUUGUAUGGACAGAUCCUAGAUCAGCACUCCUACUGUGAGACGCUUUGUGGAUAUGGGACCUGGAGCCUGCUGCUGAUCGAAGUAUCCAAUCACAAGUAUGUGGAUUGCUGGGAGUUUGGUUUGAACCAAAUAAGAGUAAACUGAUUAGGAUCUGACAAUCAUAAUUGUUCUAUUUAUUGUUUUGGACAGUAUCCUCAUAUGACUACCAUUAUAAUAUAUUUAUAUCCUGUAAAUAUGUAUUUUACACUGGAAAAUGGAAAGCUGCUAACUCCCCAAUUUUAUCAGGCUUAGUGUGUAAAGGUAUUGGGACGUUGUCAUCUGUAAGUUAGGCUGAAUGAAAUCUGAUCCUUCAUACUAUUAACUUGCAUGUCAUGUUUGUUCUAUUUCUAUCUAUUUGCACUGUUGUUCAGUAUCUGUUUCACAUCUGUCAAUGGGAGAUGUCCUAUUAAACGUGUUUUAGUGCACUUCAUCACUUCAUGCUGUACACUUUACAUUAAUUUAAA